AUGGAUCCCGCAGCAGAGAGAAGAGACGCAAAGAGGAACAUUGAGUACAACAACUCAUUAGGCUAUGUGGCGGAUUCAGAGUAUGGUAUUCCAAAAAGGUGUUACUGCGGUGGGAGAAUGAUUGGUGAGGUUCAGAGGAAAGAGGAGCACGACACUCUUCCUGGGAAGCGGUUCUUCACCUGCAUAAACUACGAGGCUGAUGGGCUCCACUACCGUCAGCCUUGGGUGAUUGGUGUACAGGAGGAGAUCGAAAGGCUGACUAGCCGGCUGGAGGAGGCUGAGAAGGUUAUCAAGGAGGUGCCCAUCCUCAAUGAACAGAUCGUGUCUCUAGAGGAACAUGUUAAAAGCCUCUCUGGUCUGCUCGAUGUUCUCACUGUGAAGGUGCAUGACCUGGAGAUGGUCUGCUUCGAUUGAAAAGCAAAGGUCACGGGCUGGAGUUGAAGUUGUAUGGCAGGAAGGGAAUGCACAUGUUUAUUAGCUUUAUGGUGGUUGUGUUUCAC